AGUACCUCUCUCUCUCUAAUGGCGUAUUGGGCGCUGAUCUUCCUUUUGGCUUCCUCUGUAAUUGUGAAUGCGACCAAUUUUGAAGGGGAAGCUCUGAUGGCUCAGAGGGAAAAGCUGGUAGAUCCUUCGAAUGUGCUCGCCAGUUGGGAUUCCGAGUUUGCAGAUCCAUGCCAAUGGUUUCAUGUCCAUUGCAACGAUGUUAGCAGCGUCAUAAGCUUAGAUCUUGGAGAUGUAGGGCUUUCAGGAACCUUGGUGCCGGAGUUGGGAUCACUGGGAUCGCUUCAGAGACUGUACUUUUACAAUAACAACUUAAGUGGGGGCAUUCCUGAAGAACUCGGACAACUGAAAAACCUUGCAGUUCUGGAGUUGGAGAACAAUAGUCUCACUGGCGUCAUUCCUCCUUCUCUUGCCACCAUACAACCCCUCUGCUCUUUGAAUCUCUCCAACAACAAAUUGACCGGCAAUGUUCCCCAAGGACUCUUAAACAAGGCUGCUUCCGGAACUCUUAGAUUGGAUCUCUCCAACAACAAAUUGACCGGCAUUGUUCCCCAAGGACUCUUAAACAAGGCUGCUUCCGGAGCUCUUAGAUUAAAUGUCACAGGAAACAUGAUUCCCAGCCCGCCAAGGAAAUUGGGAAGAGCUUAAUUAAUGGAGUAAUGCUUCCAGAUAGAAUGGCCUCAAAAAGACGGUCAACAAUACAGGAAACUAAGAGUAGAAGAAAUAAAGAUGAUUAAAUCAUAAUCAAAUCCCUAUUACUGAUGGUGGGAUUUUAAAUUGAGAUUUG